CUAGAUCCAUCUUCCCUAGCGCCUUCGCAAGCCCACACUCUCCCCGUGACCCCGUUCGCCCUGCCUCGCCUGCGACGCGCCGCCGAGCUCCCGAGCCGUCCACCGCCGGCGCCUCUCAUCUACCGCGAGCGCGCAACAUCCUCGAUCCACGAAUCCUCUUCCCACAAAUCCACAAAGCGCCAGCUCCAUGGUCUCCACUGUACCUGUGGGGGCAACCCAUGGUGACGGCGACCGCCGCCGGCGGCGGGCCAGCCGGCGUCACCAAGCAUGGUAGACGCUUGCGCGUGUUGACGUCCGGCAGCGACUGAUCUAGCGCCGCUGGGAGGCCUCUCAACGGAGGGCGAGACAAGCUGUGGAACCAGGACGCCCCAAAUCCCACGCCGCUAUGUGGUCAUGUGCCCGCAUCUCCUCCGCCGUCUUCACCACCGCUGCUUGCUCCUCGCCGUCACCGCGCGCUCCCCACCUCGCCCUUGCCACCGCCACGGCGCGCGUGCGGAAAGGGACGUUCCGCCCUGAGGAGGCACACGACCUGUUCGACGAAUUGCUGCAUCAAGCCACACCGGUGCCUGGGCGCCAGCUGAAUGGGUUCCUCGCCGCGCUCGCGCGGGCACCGGCCUCCGCCGCCUGCAGAGAUGGCCCUGCACUGGCCGUCGCACUCUUCAACCGCGUGUCUCGAGCUCACGGCCCACGGGUGCUGUCCCCCACACUCCACACCUAUGGCAUCCUCAUGGACUGCUGCACCCGCGCACACCGCCCGAAGCUAACGCUGGCCUUCUUCGGCCAGGUCCUCAAGACAGGCUUGGGCAUCGAUACCAUCAUGAUCAGCAACCUUCUCAGGGGCCUUUGUGAAGCAAAGCGGACAGCUGAGGCUUUGGACAUCCUUCUCCACAGAAUGCCUCACUUGGGCUGUGUGCCUGAUGUUUUCUCGUACUGCAUAGUUCUGAAGAGCCUCUGCAGCGACAGAAAGAGUGGCCAGGCAGAUGAAUUACUACGAAUGAUGGCUGAAGGGGGAGCUGUCUGCUUGCCCAACGCGGUUGCAUAUAAUACAGUAAUCGAUGGCUUCUUUAAGGAGGGUGAUGUUAAUAAAGCUUGCGAUCUAUUUAAUGAAAUGGUGCAGCGGGGCAUUUCACCUGAUUUGUCGACUUAUAACUGUGUUGUUAAUGCACUGUGUAAGGCAAGAGCAAUGGACAAGGCAGAGGCUAUCCUUCGACAAAUGGUUGAUAAAGGUGUUCUGCCAGAUAACUGGACAUAUAAUAGCUUGAUCUAUGGAUACUCCUCUACGGGCCAGUGGAAGGAGGCAGUCAGGGUAUCUAAAAAGAUGACAAGUCAGGGUAUCCUGCCAGAUGUUGUUACUUUGAACUCGUUAAUGGCUUCCCUUUGCAAGCAUGGAAAAAUCAAGGAUGCUAGAGAUGUUUUUGACUCAAUGGCAAUGAAGGGCCAAAAAACAGAUAUUUUCUCCUACAAAAUUAUGCUCAACGGGUAUGCUACUAAAGGAUGCCUAGUUGAUUUGACAGAACUCUUCAAUUUGAUGCUAUCUGACGGUAUUGCACCUGACAGCCAUAUUUUCAAUGUGCUGAUCAAGGCAUAUGCUAAAUGUGGAAUGCUAGAUAGGGCUACGAUUAUCUUCAAUGAAAUGAGGGAGCAAGGAGUGGAACCUGAUGUGGUAACCUAUUCGACAGUGAUUGCUGCACUUUGCAGAAUUGGUAAGAUGGAUGAUGCUGUGGAAAAGUUUAAUCAGAUGAUUGAUCAAGGAGUAGCACCCAGUAUAUCUACAUACCAUUUUCUGAUUCAAGGUUUUUGUACUCAUGGUGAUUUACUGAAAGCCAAGGAUUUGGUUUUACAAAUGAUGAAUAAAGGUAUGCGUCCUGACAUUGGUUGCUUCAAUUUCAUAAUAAACAACCUUUGCAAAUUGGGAAGGGUAAUGGACGCACAAAAUAUAUUUGACUUCACUAUAAGUAUUGGUCUGCAUCCUAAUGUUAUGGUGUAUAAUACGCUGAUGGAUGGGUACUGUCUAGUUGGCAAGAUGGAGAACGCAUUAAGAGUAUUUGAUGUUAUGGUGUCAGCUGGCAUUCAACCAAAUGUUGUAGUGUACGGUACACUCGUUAAUGGCUAUUGUAAAGUUGGAAGGAUUGAUGAAGGUUUGAGUCUUUUCAGAGAAAUUUUGCACAAGGGAAUAAAGCCUUCAACUACUUUAUACAAUAUCAUACUUCAUGGGUUAUUUCAGGCUGGGAGAACAGUUCCUGCAAAGGUGAAAUUUCAUGAAAUGACUGAAAGUGGAAUCGCAAUGGACAGAUAUACUUACAGCAUAGUUCUUGGUGGACUUUUUAAAAACAGUUGCUCUGAUGAAGCAAUCUUGCUUUUCAAAGAACUACAUGCGAUGAAUGUAAAGAUUGAUAUAACAACUCUCAAUAUCAUGAUAGCUGGAAUGUUUCAAAUCAGGAGAGUUGAAGAAGCUAAGGAUUUGUUUGCUUCUAUCUCAAGAAGUGGGCUGGUGCCUUCUGUUGUGACUUACAGUAUAAUGAUGACAAAUCUUAUAAAAGAAGGAUUGGUGGAAGAGGCAGACGAUAUGUUUUCAUCCAUGGAGAAUGCUGGCUGUGAGCAGCCCAACUCUCAGUUGUUGAAUCAUGUGGUCAGGGAGUUACUAGAGAAACGUGAAAUUGUCAGGGCUGGAACUUACCUCUCCAAAAUUGAUGAGAGGAGUUUCUCACUUGAUCAUUCAACGACAACGUUGCUGAUCGAUCUCUUUUCAAGCAAAGGGACUUGUCGGGAACACAUAAGAUUUCUCCCUGCAAAGUAUCAUUUUCUUGCAGAGGCCAGCCCGUGCUGAUUGUUAGUAAAUCUUACAAGGAGGCAUGGAUCUCCAGAAAAGUCCUUGACUUGCUGUUUGCACUGGGAAGUUAGCUGCAAGUGAAAAGUCAAGUAGAUGUGAGAAUUUCUCUCUUAGAAUUAGCAUAUUUAUCAUGGCUGUUACUGUUAGUACAACUGAUGUUGCACUUAUGAAGAAUGACUUCUGAAUUCUGACAGGGAAUGUAUCACUUGUGAUCACACAAGCCAUGAUGUAAUGAAUAUUUUUUGAAUCAGUCCACCUGCCACUGGUAGGCUAAAUGUGAUCUUAUGUAAAAUAGUUAGUUCACUUAAUCUUCAUGUUUUCUUGGAAGAUUUUUCUCAUUUGGACCUGCUUGAUAUUCAGAUGUUCAUUUACUUUUGAGAGAAUUCAAUGUGAGCCACUAUAAAAGAUCAUGAUUCCUUGUGAGCCACUGAGAAUGUUCAACGGACUUCAGCGCCACUA